GUCUUCAUUCUCAAGAAAAACUAGGGUUUUAGCAGAAAAACCAGUUCUUCAACGGAGAAAAAGAGAGAGAAAGAAAAAAAUGGCGACGAAAUCCCUGAUUAGAAACGGGGUUCUGUUGAUGAAUCGAGUGUUCGCGAAUCAAUUUCUCAACUCGAACCCGAUUAUAAACAAUCGGGUCGUGAAUCAAGGCUUGCAAAUCACUCCCCAGCUAUUCCCAUCUCUCUCGAAGACUAAACCCUCUCUCCAUUUGACUCAAAACGACGCUGAUUCUCUCUCUCAAGUCUCUUCUAUGGGGUUUCUUUAUCCCACUGGCCUCCCCUCUCUCCGCUUCCUCUUGCCCGAUGAUACUCUUUCUAACUAUGCAUUUGAUUGCUUUGAAAUGAAGUGGGAAAAUUUGUUGGUCAGUUUUAGUUUAUAUCGUGGAAACUCAUUGUUCAUUCUUUUCAUAUGGUGCAUUUUCAUCAAGUAUGCAUUUCUUAUUAUUGUUCCGGAGAUUCAUCAAGUGAGCCAAUGCUCUGUUUCCCCAAGAGAACAUAUCAGCCUAGUACCAUCUGGCGCAAAAGAAAUCAUGGAUUUUUCGCUCGCAAGGCAACAAAGGGUGGCAGAAGACUCAUCACUCGAAGAAUAGCAAAGGGUCGUUCAAGAAUUACUGCUUAAAAUCUGGCAUCAGCAGGUCUUCUACUGGGGGAAACGCAGUCGUUGGCUAACAACAUCGAACGCGGUCAGACCAAUUGCUAGUGAUGGAACAACCUGCAACGGGGUUAA